CGAUGGCUUGGUGUGGGCGCGUGUCUGGCAGCUGCCGCUUACAGGUGGUGUGCUUGCUUGGGAACCAACCUCUACGGACCGUUCCCACGGAAGGCCUGUCCCCCACUAUGCGGCCCCAUACCCGACCCCUCGCUCCGUCCACAUGGGGGCCCUUGCCUAUAUAAGUCGAAGCCUCGCCCGAUCGCGGCUACAAUCACGCUCUGUUCGUGUUCACUCGAAGGUCGAGCUGGAGACCGGUCGUGUUGUCCAGAUACACGCACGUUUCCUUCCGCCAACCGUAGUGAAUUGCAAUCGUAGCGACGAUUAGAGUUCGACGAACCGGUGUGAUAACACGACGAGGUCGCGUUUGCGAUAAGCCGAUAUACGGUUAUCAAGUGAAGUUUUGACUGUGCUGCCGCAAAAAAAAAGGAUUAACCAUGCAGAUGCACGAGCAGAUCAUUAUUGCUGAUGGGCAGGAGCAACCGAUCUCCAGGACAUACCAGUAUCGUAAGGUGAUGAAGCCGAUGCUGGAGCGCAAACGUCGCGCGCGCAUCAAUCGUUGCUUGGACGAGCUGAAGGAUCUGAUGGUGACCGCGCUGGCCGGUGACGGCGAGAACGUGGCGAAAUUGGAGAAAGCAGACAUCCUGGAAUUGACGGUGCGUCACCUGCACAAGCUCCAGCGCCAACAGCGCCUUUCGGCGAACCCGGUGAUCGACGCUGACCGUUUCCGCGCCGGCUACACGCACUGCGCGAACGAGGUCAGCCGCUGCUUGGCCGCCACCCCUGGCGUCGACGUCGCCCUCGGCACCAAGCUGAUGACACAUCUCGGGCACAAGCUCAACUCCAUGGACAAGACCGGCCCACUGACCAUCCACGUGACCGCGCCACAGUCCUCGCCGUCGCCCAGCAGCGAGCUCAGCGCCGACGAGUACCCGAUGCCGCUGACGCCGGCGUCCAGCCAACCGUCCCCGGUGCGAACCGACAUCGACGCCGUCUCCCAGAGCCAUCAGGGUCUCUUGCAGGUAGCCAAGCCGAACGAGCCUAUCUGGCGACCCUGGUAAACCCUGGUGACCUCGCCGUGGCAAAGCAAACUCGUCGAGGUUAUCGGCGAGAAAAGAAGAUCUCGAAUCCGAAGGAUUCCCGAACUAUCGAUGCCGGUGUUGCAAUCUCAUCUGUGAUCUGGACGGAACGGACGUCGCGAUGAAGAGAAGAGCGAAGAGUCUACCCCGUACGGCACAAAGAUCACCUAGACUUAAGGGGAGUUCCACUUGCUCAAAGGCACUCGGACCGACGCGGACGUACCCGGGGCGGAUCUCGCGUUUCCCAUGACGUUUCCCGCCACCAGCAACUUCGACAACGUUCCACAGCAGUCGGACAGCACUGGGAUCUCAAUACGUAGUUUUAUUCGCGGCCGCGCGCAGCUGAAGCUUUAAUUUACUCGACAGUUAAGAUGUUUUCUAUUGUUUAUUUCAUACUUUUAUCGACAAUGUUUUUUUUCUUUUUAUUGUCUCGCCGAUGUAACGUUGUUGUAUGUAAGUCUCUCCACCGGUCAAGCACAUGUGAUCGGAUGUAUGGGACAACGACAACGGACGACCUUACGAGGCGGUGAUCUCGGUGAUUUCGCGAAACGCGUCCGUCUCGCAUCGCGUAGCGCAAAUAUAUAUAUAUAUAUAUAUGUAUAAAAACGAGGAUCAUGUGAUAGAAAAAACGUGUACCUGUGAUAUUUACUGUAGUAGGCAUAGAGAAUGAUAGUAGAUUUUUAAUAAACAUGUUUCGUAUCAGCAA